CUCGCGGGAAGAGGAGUCGUUGCCUCGGGAACGGCGUCCUGAUCGCGAAAGAUGGCGGGGAAAGGUCUUGGCUCCGGGAGACGGAGCGUUCCAGGGGCGCCGCUCGCGCCGCGCGUUCCGCAGCCUGCCACACCUCGCCGGGACCUCCUCGCCAAGGAGGAGGAGUAUAAGCGUUUAAAUGCAGAAUUGGAAGCAAAAACAGCUGAUCUGGUUCGACAAGCUGAGGAAGUAAUAAGAGAGCAGCAAGAAGUACAAUCUAGGCCUGUUUCAACACAAAUUAAAUCACAUGAAGAGGAAGAUGAUAACAGUUUAAGAGGUCUAAUAUCUGAAGGGACAGUUCAUCUACAUUCAGAAACUAAGUCAAAGGCCAAAAACAAUGAUCCAGUAAACAAAGUUCAAACCAAACUAUGCUCUGCAAGUAAAGGAAGGAAAGCACAUUUAAGUAUAAAAUCAAAAUACUCUGAUGUACCAACUGCCAAUGAUGUUGCCAUUCCAGAGGAUUUCUCAGACUUUUCUCUUACAAAAACAAUUAGCAAAAUUGAAGGGCAACUGGAGGAAGAAGGCUUUUCUGAUGAUAUAGAUGAUGAUGAUAUUUUUUGUGGUGUUAGUAAAGACAUUGGAACAGAAGCACAGAUCAGAUUUCUAAAGGCCAAACUCCGUGUUAUGCAGGAGGAAUUGGAUAAUGUUGUAUGUGAAUGCAAUAAAAAGAAGGAUGAAAUUCAGGAUUUAAAGUCUCAAAUAAAAAAUUUUGAAGAAGAUUGUGUGAGACAGCAGCGAACAAUUAAUUUGCAACAGUCUCAAGCAGAAAAAUACAAAACUCUUUUUGAAGAAGCAAACAAAAAAUGUGAUGGAUUAUACCAACAGCUGUCUUCAUUAGAAAAGGAAUUACAAAGUAAAACAAGACUACAAAAGCAGGCUGCCACUAAUCAAAGUGCUACAGAAGUUCGCUUGAAUAGAGCUCUAGAGGAAGCAGAAAAGUAUAAAUUGGAGUUAAGUAAAUUAAGGCAAAAUAACAAGGAUAUAGCAAAUGAAGAACACAAAAAAAUUGAAGCAUUAAAAGCAGAAAACAAGAAGCUAGAAAAGCAAAAAGGAGAAUUAAUGAUAGGGUUCAAGAAACAAUUAAAAUUAAUUGAUGUUUUAAAAAGGCAGAAGGUUCUCUUUUCUUUUUGCCUAUGUUGAGUGUCCCCAAGGCCACCACUCCCCAUUCCCCUGGUUCAGCCAUUCACUAGGAGGACUCACAGGACUCACAGGACUCAGCAUGUAGUCAUAAUCAUGGCUAUGAUUCAUCACAGUGAAAUGUAGAGCAAAAUCAGUAAGGGGAAAAAGGCACAUGAGACAAAGUCUGGAAGAAAUCAGCUGCAAGUUUCCAAAAGUCCUCUCCCAGUGGAGUCACACAGAACAUGCUUAAUUCUCCCAGCAAUGAGUCGUGACAUGAGUGAAAUGUCCACCAGGAAAGCUCAUUAGAGGCUUAGUACCUAGAGUUUAUAUAAGGGGCUAGUCAUGGAGGCACCCUUUGCCUUGCACAUACCAAAAUUCCAGAAUCCCAGAAGGAAAACGGUUUAGGUACUGUUAUCACAGUGGUAGAAACCUUUCCCAAAUCCAAGUUUCCCACGCCAGCCAAGACCAAACUUGCAAGCAGUACUUUCAAAGGCUAUCAGUCUCAGGCCUGCUAUGGUAGCUCUUUACUACAUAGUAUCUUUUUAGAUUCACCAUUUAUCACAUUUUCUUUUCUCUUAAUUUAAUUGCGUAUUUUCUUUUCCAAUUUGUUAUUAGAGAUUACAAAUCUAAUAAAAUUUGUCCAUUAUUUUUCACUAGACAAUAAAAGCUUCUUGACCACUUCAACUCCAUUUAUUUACUUCCUAUCUCACUUUUAUUAUAGUUGUAUUUUAAACUUUAUAUAUAUUUAAGUCCCCAAAGACAUAGAAUGCUUACACAUUCAAAUUUCACUUAGAUUUACUACACAUUUACCUGCCUGAAGUUCUGAAAUUAAUAUUGGGAUCAUUUUCAUUCUUCUACCUGAAGAACAACUUCUAGUAUUUCCUUUAACACAGGGUUAUUGUGAUCAAUUCUCUGGUUUUGUUUAUCUGAAAUGUUAUUUUUUUCAUCCACCUCACUAAUUUACUUGACAGUUAACAUCUUGAUUAUUGGUCAGAAAUGUAACUGUAUUGGCAUAAGUGAGGAACUGGUUAUAUAUUUAAUAAGGAAAGACUGUCUCUUCUUUGAGCUAGUUUUUGCUCAACUAAAAUACAAAUUGUAUAUAAGGUACUUGUUUUUGCUUUCAUAAAGCUAUGUG